AUGCCGUUAAAAUGGAAAAGCGGUUCUCCCGUCAGCUGGAAAUUCCCAGUGCCAGUUCUUAAGACAUCCAGGUCCUCACCCCUCUCGCCUGCCUACAUAUCCCUCGUGGAGGACGACGACGCUCACAUGAAAGUCGCUUUGGGCUAUGGUGAUAUGGGCAUCUCUGCUCACCUCCAGGCAUCAAAGACUGGAAACACCCGAUUUUUCACAAGCAACACACACAGCUCAGUAGUUCUUCAGGGAUUCGACCAGCUGAGGAUAGAAGGUUUGUUAUGUGACGUCACGCUGGUGGCUGGGGAUGGCGAUGAAGCUUUCCCUGUGCACCGCGCCAUGAUGGCCUCCUCCUCCGACUACUUUAAAGCCAUGUUCACAGGUGGAAUGAAAGAACAGGAUUUAAUGUGCAUCAAGCUUCAUGGAGUAAACCGAAUAGGCCUGAAGAAGAUCAUAGACUUUAUCUACACAGCAAAGUUGUCACUCAACAUGGAGAAUCUGCAAGACACACUUGAGGCAGCCAGCUUUUUACAAAUCCUUCCAGUGUUGGACUUUUGCAAGGUUUUUCUCAUUUCUGGGGUUUCUCUUGACAACUGCGUGGAGGUGGGGCGCAUUGCCAACACCUACAACCUGACAGAGGUGGACAAAUAUGUCAACAACUUUAUCCUGAAGAACUUCCCGUCUUUGCUGGGCACAGGAGAGUUUGUCAAGCUCCCGUUCGAGCGGCUGGCUUUUGUGCUGUCCAGCAACAGCUUGAAACACUGCACUGAGCUGGACCUGUUUAAGGCCGCCUGCCGCUGGCUGCGCUAUGAAGACGGCCGCAUGGACUACGCCCCGAAACUCAUGAAGAACAUCCGCUUCCCCCUCAUGAACCCGCAGGAGCUAAUCAAUCACGUUCAAACGGUGGACUUCAUGCGCACGGACAACACCUGCGUCAACCUUCUCCUGGAAGCUAGCAAUUACCAAAUGAUGCCCUACAUGCAGCCCGUUAUGCAGUCGGAACGGACAGCCAUCCGCUCGGACAGCGCCCACCUGGUCACCCUGGGCGGCGUGCUGCGCCAGCAGCUAGUUGUGAGCAAGGAGCUGCGUCUCUUUGACGAGAAGGCUCACGAGUGGAAAGCGCUGGCGCCCAUGGACGCCCCCCGCUACCAGCACGGCAUCGCCGUCAUCGGCAACUUCCUCUACGUCGUGGGUGGCCAGAGCAACUACGACACCAAAGGCAAAACGGCGGUGGACACGGUGUUCCGGUACGACCCUCGCUACAACAAGUGGAUCCAGGUGGCAUGCCUUAAUGAGAAACGCACCUUCUUCCACCUCAGCGCACUCAAGGGACACCUCUACGCCGUGGGAGGAAGGAACGCUGCCGGAGAGCUCGCUACGGUGGAGUGCUACAACCCAAGGACGAAUGAAUGGACGUAUGUGGCCAAAAUGAACGAGCCUCAUUACGGCCAUGCUGGGACGGUGUACGGAGGUUAUAUGUAUAUUUCAGGAGGAAUCACUCACGACACUUUUCAGAAGGAGCUGAUGUGCUUUGACCCAGAUGCGGACAAAUGGACUCAGAAAGCUCCCAUGACGACGGUGCGCGGCCUGCACUGCAUGUGCACGGUGGGCGACCGCCUCUACGUGAUCGGCGGCAACCACUUCCGCGGCACCAGCGACUACGACGACGUGCUCAGCUGCGAGUACUACUCCCCCGCCCUGGACCUGUGGACCCCCAUCGCCGCCAUGCUGCGGGGCCAGAGCGACGUGGGCGUGGCCGUGUUCGAGAACAAGAUCUACGUGGUGGGCGGCUACUCGUGGAACAAUCGCUGCAUGGUGGAAAUAGUUCAGAAGUACGACCCCGAGAAGGACGAGUGGCACAAAGUGUUCGACCUGCCCGAGUCACUAGGUGGGAUCCGAGCCUGCACCCUCACAGUUUUCCCCCCCGAGGACAUCUCGGGCUCGCCCUCCAGAGAGUCGCCGCUCUCAGCACCUUGA